UGGGACAGUGAGCAAUGCCUCACACUCAGCAACAUCAGGUUGGCAGUAGGGGGGCGACGCCCCCAUCUCCUCCUCGACCCUAUCCUCCUCCUCCCUCUCUUCUCUCUCCUCCUAUCCCACGCCCCCCAGCUCAGCCAAGGAGCCAUACACAUACCUUCUAACUACCAAAUAAAUGAAUUUAAGAAACCCCCAGUGAUCACCACCCAGCCUGAGUCCAUCACUGUGUUCGGUGCUGAAGACAUCCUCCUGACCUGCGAAGCAUCAGGGAACCCUCCUCCCAAUUUCCGCUGGACUAAAGAUGGGGAAGAAUUUAUCCCUGCCAAUGACCCGGGUCUGUCGGUGUCUCCGGGUUCUGGAACCUUCAUGAAAACCGGGGUGGUGUCAGGCCCCAUGAGCCAAUACAAGGGCAAAUACAUCUGCUACGCUGAAAACACAUUAGGAACUGCUGUGUCUAACGAGGUCCAGCUCAUCACUGAGAACACCCCGGCCCUGCAGAAAGAGCAGAAGGUGAAGAAGAAGGUGGAGGAAGGAGAGAGUGUGGUACUGAAAUGUAACCCUCCCUUCAGCACUGUUCCUCCUGUUAUCCACUGGAUGGACGAGCGAAUGCAUCACAUUGAGCUAAAUGAUCGUGUAACCCAGGGCCGGGACGGGAACCUAUACUUCUCUCACGUCACCGUCGAUGACACCCGUAUUGACUACACCUGUAACGCCCAGUACCUCAGCGCUCGCACCAUCCUCUCCAAGGAACCCAUCACCCUGACUGUUACAACCUCUAACUCAGUGGUUCGGAGCCGAAGGCCCCAGAUGAUGAGGCCCUCGGGGACCCACAGCACUUACCUCGCCCUCCGGGGCCAGAGCCUGGAGCUAGAGUGCAUCGUUCAGGGCCUCCCUACCCCUACAGUCCAGUGGGUGAGGAAGGACGGUCAGCUGUCCGAGUCCCGUACGUCCAGACAUCUGUUUGACCGUCUGCUGCGCAUCAGCAACAUCUCAGAUAGCGACGGGGGAGAGUACCAGUGUUCAGUCAACAACUCACAGGGCAAGGUCACACACACCUACACCGUCAGCGUGGAAGCGUCUCCAUACUGGACCAAGGAGCCAGUAAGCCAGCUCUAUGCCCCAGGAGAGACGGUGAAACUGGACUGUCAGGCUGAUGGCAUCCCGUCUCCUACUGUCGCCUGGAGCAUCAACGGAAAACCCAUCACAGGCAAAGACCCAACCCCUAGGCGUACUAUGAGAGAUGGAGCUGUGAUUCUGAUAGAUGUGGUCUUCACUGAUACAGCAGUCUACCAGUGUCAGGCCCACAACAAACACGGAACCAUCCUAGUCAAUACCUACAUCUUCGUCAUCGAACUGCCUCCUCAGAUCCUGAAUGCUGACGGACAGAAGUACAACUUCACAGAGGGACAGACGGCUGUACUGCAGUGUCAGACCUUCGGCUCUCCCAGACCUAAAGUAACAUGGGAGAGGAACAGCAGCACUUCUCUACUGGCUGAGCCCAGGGUUAACCUGCUGACCAAUGGAAACCUCCAGAUCACCAACGUCUCCCACGGUGACGAGGGCCUGUACACCUGCUCCGUUAGCAAUACCAACCUGUCAAUCAACGCUGACCUGGAUGUCAUGAACAGGACAGUGAUCCUGUCUCCUCCUGGGUCUCUGCUUGUUCAGCCUGGUAAGACGGCCAUCUUUACCUGCCUGGCACAGGUGGACCCCAAACUGACCCCUCCACACAUUCAGUGGAAGAGGAGCGGACAGGAACUCUUUCAGUCAUACGCCGAGGACAAGUACACAUUUGAGGGCCCAGACCUGAUUGUGGCCAAUGUGCAGACAGAAGACGAGGGUGUUUACACCUGUGAGGUCAUCACCAACCUGGACAGGGUUGAGGCCAGCGGGUCCAUCAUUAUAGUCGACCGUCCAGACCCCCCCACCCAGCUCCAGGUCUCUGACCCUAAGGACCGCAAUGUCACCCUGAGUUGGACCGCAGGAGAUGACCACAACAGCCCUGUCAUAGUGUUUGUGGUGGAGUUUGAAGAUGGUGACUCUAAGGAGCGGGGUUGGGAGGAGCUGAAGAGAGUCAGUGGAACUCAUGACAGCGUGACCAUUUCUCUGCAACCAUACAUGUCCUACCGCUUCCGGGUCAUCUCCAUCAACAACAUCGGGAAGAGUGACCCCAGCAUGCCCUCUGACCUUCACAGCACCCCACCGCAAGCUCCAGACAAUAACCCAGAGAAUGUGAGGAGUGAGUCUACAGACCCAGACACCCUGGUCAUCACAUGGGAGGAGAUGGACAGGCGUGUGUUUAACGGCCCAGAGUUCCACUACAAGGUGUUCUGGAAAAGAGUGGUAGGUGACACAACCUGGUACUCUAAUGUCUCCACCGAGCCACCGUACAUCGUCACUGAAGUGGGCAACUUCUCCGCCUUUCAAAUCAAAGUUCAGGCUGCCAAUCAGAAAGGAGAGGGACCUGAGCUAGACCCUGUGACUGGUUACUCUGGAGAGGACAUGCCCCUGAAGGCUCCUCAGAAUGUGGCUAUGGUGCUGCUCAACAGUUCAGCCAUCAGGGUGACAUGGGAACCAGUGAAUGAAAAGACUGUCAGAGGACACCUGCUGGGAUAUAAGAUCCACCUGCUGAGGUUUGGCUCCAGGGGCCACCACCAAGGAAGUAGGGCUAGAGAGCCAGACACCAGUGUUGAGGUGGAGACAGGGCCCAAAGAGGAGAAGAGGGUCCUGGGGGGACUCAGACCCUACUCUCACUACACCCUCACUGUCACUGUGUUCAACAGCAAGGGAGAGGGCCCCCCCUCCAAGACCCUGUCCUUUGAAACUGACGAGGGAGCUCCUGGCCCCCCGAUGUCCUUACGCCUGGACAGCCAUGCAGGCACAGAGAUGACCCUACACUGGACACCCCCUGCCCAACCUAACGGAGUUCUCAUAGGAUACCUGCUGCAGUACCAGAUCGUAAAGAGUGACAGCCCGAUGCAGGUGGAGACGAUAGACGAUCACAAAGUCACUCAACUGACCCUGAAGCAGUUGGACCCUCACAGCCGCUACCGCUUCUACCUGAGGGGGCGCACCUCGGCCGGGGACGGAGAGCCUAUCACCAGGGAGGGAGCUACCACACUGGACGGAGGGGUGAUGGAUGUGCAGACAGGCUUUGCUACUCAGGGCUGGUUUAUUGGGCUCGUGAGCGCCAUCGUGCUGUUGCUGCUGGUGCUGCUCAUCCUCUGCUUUAUCAAGAGGGGCAAAGGGGGAAAGUAUUCAGUCAAAGAUAAGGAGGAGGGUCAGGUAGACUCUGAGGCGCGCCCUAUGAAGGAUGAAACAUUCGGAGAGUACAGUCUUUGGACAAGAUCUCUUGAGAGUGACAACGAGGAGAAGCGGACAGCCAGCCAGCCGUCUCUGUGUGAUGAGAGCAAACUGUGUAUCAGUGACGACAACCUGGAUGGCUAUAACAACGGUAGCAUUGCUGUCACCGAGGUGACCAUGGAAGACUCCCUGGUCAGCCAGUACAGCCGACCCAGCGAAGCCACCCCGGACCCGGGCACACUGCAGGACAGCUCCCCCCUCAAUCCCAACACCACCACCAAUGGCCUGCCCAACUCGGCUGCCAUUUUAGAUUAGGCUAGUUAGUUAGAGGUGGCCGUUUUAGAUAAUCCCGUUGCCUUAGUAACUGUUUAUCUGUUAGACCAAAAUAUCUCUGUCAACUACAGUACAACAUGUCAAAAAUAUAAACAUGCCCACUGCCCACACACUCCUAGCUAUCUCUAACACAUCUAUCUAGCUAUCUACUUGACUGACUUUUCCAUUGAUAAGAUCACUGACUAUAUGAUCAAUAUACUACUGACCAUUCAGAAGCAUCUGUUAUUCUACAAUGUUAUCUAUCUAGCCAUAUACAGUAUUAUAGAUAUGUACAACAUGUUCAUUAUGAGUUCCAGUGCCUACUGGCCCUCAACACAGAGCACCAGAUUACAUCCUUACUCCAGUCCUCUCUUAUCUACUCUACUCCUCUUUUAUCCACUCUGCUCCUCUCUUAUCUACUCUAAUCUACUCCUCUCUACUCUACUCUCGCCUUUUCAUCACAAGAGUGACUUCAUUAUUGGUAUGAUAUUGUAAUUUAUAUGUAGACCUCUAGCUUUCUGUAUCUAUUCUGUCUGUCUCUUUCUACGGUGUAUUAAACUGUCAGCUGAUAAAUGUCAUCUUUCCCAUACCUCUUCAUGUCAUAGUAUAGCAUAACAUAACACUAUUGCACACUAUAAUGUGUGGUAGGGUGCAGUAGUUCUGUAUAUUUACAGUUAGCUGGUAGUAAAAUACACAGAUUCUCUCUAUCUUUCACGCUGGCAAUCCAAAACAGGCUUACCUGAUCAGCAGAUUGGGCUGAAAGGCAUAUGCGUAGAUUGGUUGCUUUAUGCAUCUAAUGUGUAGAAUGUGUUCUUUGUAGGGCUGAGUAGGAAUAAUAUUUACAUGCCAAAAACUCUUUGUUUUGAAUUAGACAAUGGUAAGAAUGAUGACAAGAAGCAGACAGAAACAAGCAUUUAGAGAAGGAGAACAGAGGUAUCUUUCUAGAGAGGAACUAGACCUAGAAAGAUCACGUUUAAAAAAAAAUGUCGCUCUGAAUGUAAAUACAACCCAAAAUAUUGUUAUUUAUCGAUGAGUUUGUUGGAUAAAAAUGUGUGUUUUAAGUUUACUUUAAAGUUGACUUAAAAAUACAUUUCAUUUGUGUUUUGUAACAACAAACCUAUGAAUGAAUACUUGUUUUGAAGGUGAUGACAGUGAAACAAAACAAAUAUUCAAUAGUACAGAAAAAAACUAAAAGGCAAAAAAUGUAUCUUCACACCAUUUCAUGUUACAAACGCUCAAAAAGAAAACUAAAAAUAUACAUUUUACAUCACUACUAGUAGAAGUGCGCAUGUGAGAUUUGGUUCUGGGUGUCGAGAUUAAUCAGUAGCUAAUGUCAUUUUAAAAUAUACAGUAGAAUCAAAACCCACCUAUUGAAAGCAGAGGUUAAAAAGUAGGCUAAUGUUCCUCAUGUACAUCAAUGUUUUGUUUCCUGACUUUAAAGUGUCCCUUUGCAGUCCAGUGAGUAUCUGUUGAGAGUCUAUGUACUGUGUCUGAAAAUGCAAUUUAUUCCCUAUGUAGUGCACUAAUUAUGGGACUAGGUUGCCAUUUCAUACACUUUUUGUGCUGAGGCAGUGUGAUGAUGAGGCAAGGAGGGAUGCAGUGAGCCAGCUUGUGAUGAAGCACCACAGGGAGCAUAUGCAAUGUGCUGGCUCUGCUCUCACUGCUCACCCAGUCAAUCUAGCCUACAGCCUAUUCUGAGACAGACCCAGGUUCAAAUAAGAUCAUUUUUACUUCAAAGAAGAGUUUGAUUGGGCCUGCCUGGAUCGCCAGAGACCAGGGUUUGCACCUUUGGGACUACUCUAUUUGUUCCAUUGUGACAGGCAAUCUCAAUCAAGCACAGCUUGAAGUAUUUGAGAAAGGGUGAAUACUAUUUGAACCCAGGUCUGACUGCAAGCCAAACCGUUACUGUUCAGUGCAUCCCCAGGGAGAUGGGAUAGAGAAAGUGGGAUUGUCUCUGGCUUGGCAGAAAGACAGUGGGUCUGAACGAGAGGCUUGAGUGAGCCCAGCUCCCUGUAGUUUGCUGUUACAGACACACUCAGGACAAAAACAUUUCUUUUCAGAAAUCUAUUUUCAUAUGGGAAUGAGAAAAUGAAGUAAUAUGCCAGUUAUUCUAUCACGACUAUGGAUUGCGUCACAAAUGGCUCCCUAUAUAGUGCACUACUUAUGACCAGAGCCCUUUGUGUUCAGAUAAAUAACCAUAUGCCCUGGUCAAAAGUGCACUAUAUGGGGAGGGUACCAAUAGAGCUGCUAACCAUCUGUGUUCAUCAUGGUGUGAUUUCAGGACAAAUGUUUGCUUUGAAUGAGUGAACUACUGAACACACAGAUACUCACUCUACUGCCUGCCAGCCUGCCUGCCUAUAUAUCUAUCUGGCUCUGCUUCUUACAUGGUCAGUGAGGAGAUCGUCUGAGCCAGACUUAUAGCGCUAGUGUUUGUUUUUUUCCUCUCUGUUACUUUCCUUUCCUGUUUUUUAUACUUACAACAUAAAAGCAAAUAAAAAAAGUGAAUAAGAAUUGCAUAUAGAGGAGAAUGACAGCAACAGCUUAUUUUAGGACAUGACAUUCAUGGAUUUAUAUUCGUGAUGGAGGGAGGGGAGGGACACUAUGUACACUAUGUAUUUCACUGCCUGAGGGGAGACAGCGUGCCUCUGUGUGCUUUGUUUGGGGUGCAACACUAGUAAAAUGGAUUUGGGGGACUGGAAGGUACAGUAGUGAAUUCACACCCUGGUCCCAGAUCUGUUUGGGUUGUAUAGCAAACUCCUAUGGUUGUUAUCAUGCUAAAGUCGUAGGAGUUGGCAAGACAGUACAAACCGAUCUGGGACUGGGCUAGUGUGCUCGUGCCAUUGGUUGAGACUGAAGUGAAGUGGGUUGGGAUCACUGUUUGGAGGGGGUCUUGUACUGUAUGUUAUGGGCCCAAUGACAAUGUAACUAUCUAAAUUCUGAAUCAGCUACGUGUAACUAAAUAUGUGAUUGAUUAAAUAAAAAGAACUUGGAACAAUCUGAACCA